GGUGGGGGUGGGUUCGAAAGUGUAGGGUUACACUGACGGAUUCCAGCGCCUGCCCCCUCCCCCUGAUACCCGGCCGGGCCGCUGGGGACUGGAGCGGCGGCGAGUACAUGGUGCACCACUAGGACCCAGCAGAGGUUGCUAUGAUUUGGGCAGUAGGUAAAGGCCUGACAUUCCUCUCAUUCCAGUGUGAAUGGGGCUGAUUGUUGGGUCGCGGAUCCCCGCUCUCCCCUCCGCUUCUCGCCCCAUCUCGCACACAUCAUGUCCAGCAUGAUGCCAGCGGCCGCCGCUGCUUUCCCCAGCCCUGGGAACUGAACUAGCCAUGGUGGCCUCAUGUGGAUGGCAAAGUUUCUCCUGGGAACUCCCGAGCCUGGUGGAGUGAGAGGUUCCCUGCCUGUGUGUUGCAGUCCAAGCAGCCCAGCCCAGAUACUAGAAGACACAAGUUAUCUUUUCUCAGACCUUCAGGUAUUUUCUGGGAGGCAUGAAGUUUCUCCGUUGACAGUUGAGGCUGGCAGUCUCACUAGAGAAAAAGCUGUUGAGGACCCUUUUUGCAACUUCUACUCCCCAACUUUCCUGAGGAUCUCAGAGGUGGAAAUGAGAGGUUCAGAGGAUGGGGCAGCUGGCACAGUAUUACAGAGGUUGAUCCAGGAACAACUUAGGUAUGGCACCCCGACUGAGAACAUGAAUCUGCUGGCCAUUCAGCACCAGGCCACCGGGAGUGCGGGACCGUCCAACAGUACGACAAGCACCCUUUCUUCCACGGAAAACCUCACUCAAGAAGACCCACAAAUGGUCCACCAGUCAGCACGGCAGGAACCUCAGGGGCAAGAACAUCAGGUGGACAAUACUGUUAUGGAGAAACAGGUCCGGUCCGCUCAGCCUCAGCAGAACAAUGAGGAACUGCCAACUUAUGAGGAGGCGAAGGCCCAGUCCCAGUUCUUCAGGGGGCAGCAGCAGCAGCAGCAGCAAGGGGCUGUCGCUCACGGUUACUAUGUGCCCAGUACCACUAGUCAGAAGUCCCGGACUGAAGGGAGGCCCACGGUGAAUCGGGCCAAUAGUGGCCAGGCCCAUAAGGACGAUGCCCUCAAGGAACUCAAGCAGGGCCAUGUCCGUUCUCUCAGCGAGAGGAUCAUGCAGCUGUCACUGGAGAGGAACGGGGCUAAGCAGCACCUCCCGAACUCAGGGAAUGGUAAAGGGUUUAAGGCUGGUGGGGGACCGCCUCCAGCCCAGCCUGCAGGCAAAGUGAUGGACCCACGAGGCCCUCCACCUGAAUAUCCCUUCAAGGCUAAGCCAAUGAUGUCCCCAGUCAGCAAGACCCAGGAACAUGGACUCUUUUACAAUGAUCAGCAUCCUGGGAUGAUCCAUGAGAUGGUCAAACCUUACCCACCUCCUCAGCCAGCAAGAACAGAAGUUGCUGUCGUGAGGUAUCAGCCACCCCCAGAGUAUGGGGUGACAAGCCGGCCAUGCCAACUCCCCUACCCAUCGAUGCAGCAGCACAGCCCCAUGUCCUCCCAAGCCUCCUCCAUCAGUGGCCCACUGCAUUCCGUCUUGCCCCCUCCCCUCCCAUUGCCCAUGUUGCCCCAGCAGCCUCCACCCGCUACACCCCCAGGCCAGCAGCUUGGCACCGAAGCUUUUGCUAUUGUGGAGCGGGCACAGCAGAUGGUGGCAAUCCUAUCGGAGGAGAAUCGAGUGCUCCGCCUGGAAAUUGAGGGGUAUUAUGACAAAGCUGACAAACUUCAGAAGUUUGAAAUAGAAAUUCAGAGGAUUUCAGAAGCCUAUGAGAGUCUAGUGAAGUCAACCACCAAGAGAGAGUCUCUGGACAAAGCCAUGAGGAACAAACUGGAAGGAGAGAUUAGAAGACUUCAUGAUUUCAAUCGAGAUCUACGAGACCGACUGGAGACUGCCAACAGGCAACUAGCCAGCAGAGAAUAUGAUGGGCAUGAAGAUAAAGCAACAGAAGGUCAUUAUGCUUCCCAGAACAAAGAGUACUUGAAGGAAAAGGAGAAGUUAGAGAUGGAGUUAGCCGCAGCCCGUACUGCUAGUGAGGAUCAGCGAAGGCAUAUUGAGAUCCUGGACCAGGCUCUGAACAACGCCCAAGGCAAGGUCGUCAAACUGGAAGAAGAGUUACGGAAGAAGCAAGCUUAUGUAGAGAAGGUGGAAAAGUUGCAACAGGCUCUGACCCAACUACAGGCUGCGUGUGAGAAGAGAGAGCAGAUGGAGCGAAGACUGAGGACCCGUCUGGAGAGAGAACUGGAGGCCCUGAGGAUGCAACAGAGACAUGGAAAUGGCCAGUCAGGGAACAUGGCAGACCACAAUGCCCCAGCACUUAUGGAGCUUGUGAGGGAGAAGGAAGAAAGGAUUUUGGCCCUGGAAGCUGACAUGACCAAGUGGGAGCAGAAGUACUUGGAGGAGAGUACCAUUCGGCAUUUUGCCAUGAACGCGGCUGCCACUGCAGCAGCUGAGAGGGAUGCUACAAUCAUCAAUCACUCAAGGAAUGGCAGCUACAAUGAGAGCUCCCUGGAGGUCCGCAUCUGGCAGGAGGAAGAAGAAGUUGUGCAAGCCAAUAGGAGAUGCCAGGAUAUGGAAUACACCAUAAAAAAUCUCCAUGCCAAAAUCAUAGAGAAAGAUGCCAUGAUUAAGGUCCUUCAGCAGCGAUCCCGAAAAGAUGCAGGAAAGACAGAUGCUUCUAGCUUACGUCCUGCUCGCUCUGUCCCAUCCAUUGCUGCGGCCACAGGCACACACUCCCGCCAAACCUCUCUAACCAGCAGCCAGUUGGCUGAGGAAAAGAAGGAGGAGAGGACCUGGAAAGGGAGCAUUGGACUGCUAUUAGGAAAAGAGCACCAUGACCAUGCUUCUACUUCUUUGCUGCCCACGCCUCCUUCCCUGCCAGCACCAGCAGCCUCAUCUCUGUCCCCGGCAGCUUCCAUGGUUUUAGCCAGCAGCUCCCAUGCCAAAACGGGCAGCAAAGACAGCAGCACUCAGACCGACAAGAGCUCUGACCUCUUCUGGUCCGGCAUUGCUACUUUUCCCAGUCGUGGCAAGCUAAGCACCACCCCUUCAAACAGCCCCACCCUGAAGCACACAGGAGCCAAGGGGACUGGAGAAAAGCUGGGUGAGUGUCCCCCCACCUCUCUAUCAGGAGGGGUCACAGAGACCUCUCCCAGUCAGGGGAAACCUCCUGAAAACAAAGGCCGAGUCAGCAGUUUGCUUCAUAAACCUGAAUUUCCAGAUGGAGAGAUGAUGGAAGUUCUCAUCUAGGAGCUAGUUCUCAAUCUAGGAGCUAUCCUCCACACCAGGGAACUUCCCAUGAAAUUUUGAUGCCCAGUUAAAGUGUUUUGGGGCAAAUAUAGAGGGAUGGGAAAGAGGGGGAGGGAGGAUGGUUAGUGAAUGGCAACAAGAACAAUUCAGAGGGAUAGAGAUUUCAGACUGAAAAACAUUUAUUUUAAAAGGCAGUUGGAAACAGGAGACUUACAUGACUGAAGAUGAAUGAAAGUGUUUCUGUAUCAUUGCAAAGAGAGGAAAGGCGGAAUAUAAGUGUGCAUUUGGAAAGGAAUUUAAAAGAAAAUAGAAAGUAACCGUUUUCAUUGUAUAGAAAAGGUAUCUCUUGGUGAGGAUCUGUAUAGAAUCAUUCUCUAGUUAAGAAUGGUUAGGUUCCCAAAUUGCUUAUCCUUUGAAAGCCAUGUGUUCUUUUUUUUAUAUAUGUUCUUUAUAGUAAAAAAAAUAACCAGCACUAGAACUCAUCCUGGUUAUGCAUAACAUCCCUGAACCAACAUCAGGGCUUCCUGAGAAAGGUUAUGAGUAUGUCAGUGUCAGUAUGAGUAAGUACAAUUAGAUGUCAUCAGGGAGGUGGGGCAUUGGAAAGGAAUAGAAGCCCCAUAGAAAUCCUUUACCUGAACCAAAUUUUCAGAUUUGGACAACCUCUUCUUUCUCUCCCAUCCCAGAUUCAGCAGGGACUCCUGAGAGGCUCAGGCUCCUUCGACUGCCAAUGUUCUCCCCACCUUCUUUAAGUCCAUCCUUGCUUCUUCUUAGAACCAGGAUUUCUAAGAAUAUCAUCUCCAAUGUUCUCAUUAUUCUUUCUGUUCUUAGUAAGGAACUAUUAGCCUUAUAAAGCUAUAUUCUAGUUGUCCUGCUUCUCCCUCAGCCUAAUCCCCAGACCUCUAGCUCAUGUACAUGAUAAUUCAUUCUGACUGUGAAACUCUUGUUAAGCGUUGAUGAAGUAAGAUACACCUUUGAUGGUAUAAUUUUUCAUUAAGAGCACAGAACUAGCUUUCUUCUGGUCCACAUGGCCUCUUCCAGAAGAAGUUAAAUUGUUCUUACCUAACCCGUUAUUCAAAUUUCUCUAGUUAAGAGAGUGGCGAAAGGGAAUCUUCCACAACUGGACUUUAAUAAACUUGGUGAUGGUUUGCAAAGGGUUACCCAGCUUCUCAGAGCCACCUUAUUCAAGAUUUCUUGUACUUGUGGGCCCAGGAGCACCUUCCCAUACGUAUACACUCCCAUAUAUAUUCUGUGUGUGUGUUACACACAUACACACACAUCCUCACUAGCACAUAUAGUAGGGAGGUUUUCAUUUUCAUUCUUCUCAUCAGCUUUUCCUAGAUAAGGAGGCAGGGAGAACAUUGAAUGUAAAAAUAUGAUACGUUGGAUAGUUAUUGUUCCUCUUGCACUUUGGAGUGGAAAGGGUCAAAGCAUAUUUCUUCAUUAUCAAUUUGUCUUCCUUUGCAAGUUUAGAAGAGUUCCAUGUCAUGAGGGGCUGAGUCAUGAAAAAGAUUCCAAAUCAGUCAGUAAAGAAGUAUUUAUUAAGCACCACGGAGGCAUCUGCAUUCUAACCAUCCAUGACCACUAACUUGACCAUGGAUAAGUCAUUUUCUCUUCUUGGGCCUUAGUUUCCCUUUCUGCAAAAUGAAGAUGUAGACCUGAAGUUUUUCUCUGCUCCCAGAUAUUAUAAUUCUAUCUCAUCCAUUCUACUUUUUUUUCUAGUUUUUCCUUCCCAUGGUCACCCAGAAAAAAAUGUGAAAUCUUCAUAUGUGGUCUCACCUAAUUGACAGCUGGAGAUAAAAUACCUUUGGAAUUCUUCCCACUUGUUUUUUAAGGCAAGUCUUUGGAAUUUAGCUCAUGUAUGGGUCUUAGUUUUCCCAAACAUGAGCUUACAACCUGAUUAGAUGAAAGUAAUGAAGGAAUUUUCAGCUGAGCAGGAAGGAGAAAACCACUGACUUUUGGCCCAGAAUGGACUUUUGCUCUUUUUAUGUGUUACAACCUGCUCUCUGUUAAUGUAACAAAGGACCACAAAAGUCAGGUUAGAAGUUAGGAGAUGUUUAUUUCAAUUAAUGGGCCUUCCUCUUCCUUCUUUCAUCUGGAACACCCAGAGCUUUAGGAUAGAUAUAGAUUAGAGGCAAGUAAGGCACAAAAUGGAUUGAAUGUGCCCAUCCUCAGCUCUGAUCCAUUUGACUAGCACUGCUAACUGGCUUAAGCUGAUGGCAACUACCUCUGAAUAAUAUUAUCAGCUCUUAUUCUCUAGUACCAAUCAGCAUUUAAUGAGCAUAUGAUCCCCCCAGAGGCUAGAGAUGAAGCUCUGUAUUGUCACACUGUAGUAACACAAAGUUGGGUGAAAGCCCAGAACUGAAGCCCUUGAAUUCUACAGCUAGCCACCACAGGUGAGAAAUGUCCAUUCAUAUCAGUCCAUUGAUACCACUAAUAAAGUUACAUAGAUACCAGAUAUAAGAAACAGUGCUAACAAAAGAAAAUACUCUCUGAAAUUAGUCUUUCAUUGACCAGGACAAAGGUCAACAUGAACUUGUUGAGCAGAUUUAGAAUGUUACAAUAGAAGAUCACAAGGAAUGCUAGUGGGAUGGAGAAUUGAUGAUAUGUUAAAGUGUAAAAAGAAAUGCCAAGAGAUGAAUAAAUUCCUUAAAUACAUGCUGAAAUAUUACUACUAAAAUUAUAGUGAAUGGAUUAACCAAGAUGAAAUCAUGGCAAAUUAGUUUGCAUCUAUUGGCCUCAGUUUCUUCAUUUGUAAAAUUAGGAGAUUGGACUAGAUAAUAUCUUCCAAAUCAUCCCAAAAAAAAGCCUUAAUCCAUCCUAUAGUCAGUGUAUACAAAGGAUGUUCUUAGGGGCUAUACCAAAUGUUGUACACUGGUAGAGAGUCUUCUGACACUUGAUUUUUCAGCUGUCAAAAAAAAAGAGCAAAAGACCCCCAACCCAACCAAAUAGAGAAGAGAUCUUUAUUUCUUAACCUGUCAAGGAUUUCUUCUUUGAAUUUGUCUUCAGUUCUUGCUUUCUUAAACUCCUCAGAUGUUAGUUCAUCUACACAGUAGAAAGCGCCAAGUUUAGACUAUCUUGAAUGUACUUCCACAGUAGGACAUCAUUCAUUUCCUUCAUUUGAAAAGCACCAACUUCCCUGCUGAUGAGGCUUCCUUUCCCCUCAGAAAUAAGGCUGUUAGAAUUCUGAAGUAAGCAGUUGCCCUUUGAAGUCUAUCAUUGUUCUUGAACUCCAUCAGAAAGGUGUAAUUUGAAUCCGUAAACUAGUUGUUCAAUGAAUUCUGUUUUUAACAUAAAGAAGGUCUUGUGGAUGAUCAUGAAGGGGAGCCUCCCUCCUGAAUUGCAGGCACCAGGGAAUGAAACAUCCUGGAGGUUAGCCCCAUCCAAUGCCCUUGAGUGAUUCCUAGUAAGAUUCAGUUGCCUCCAUUGGAGCAUCUGUAUUCCCUCUGUCCAAUCUCACCCCUGUUUAUCAUCAGGACUGAGGGACAUGUAUCUAUGGUGGUCAGAACAUAAGCCAUUAAGUUCAAGUCUUCUUGGAUUCUUGUUGCCAUGAAGACAGCAAAGGGAGAAGAGUGAGAGCCAGCUGGUUAUCUUUGGGAUGCCCGAUAAACACCCACCAGGCACCUAAAGAUUCUUACUACAGCCCAAUGAUAUCUAUAAGGGAGGGAACGAUGAAGAGGCAGCUAAUGGAACAAUGGCCAACAGGGUCAGAGAUGCUACCGUUACCCAGUAGAAAACUGUGCCAAGCCAAGAGAUAUGUUUUCUAACUUGCAGUCUUGUAAAAUCUGUAUGUUUAUUUUUUUUUUGUCUGUACCUGAAAAACAUAUUUGUGUCAGUGUUCUCUUUAUGGUUUUGAAGUUCUUCUAAGCAAAGAAGUGAUAUGUCUAUAGCACUAGAAAUCCCAUGGACGCUUUUUUGUUUCUAAAUAGUGUGAUAAAUAUCUUCCUUCUUGUCAGUUCACCUCCUGUCCUCAAUCCCAAGGUGACUCAGAAUAUGUUUUGUAAACUUUUGUUUUCUUCCUUCAUGAAGAAAUCUAAAUGAUUCAAAGUGUAUGUGUUUAGUGUGUGGAUUGUAUAAAGUGUUUGUAUCUGCAAAAGUGUGGACUUCUUGGGAAAUGGAUUAUUUGGUAAGUUACCAAGAAAUGGUCAGUAGGGAGAUGACAGUGGUUAGCAUUUUGGUAAGUGGAUUUCUUCAAAGAAAAUGGCAAAAAUGCUCCUUUAAAAGUUCUUUCUUUUUAUAGUAGUUGUGUCCUUUUCUCUUCUAUAUAUUUAAUGGUGUAUAUAUACAUGUAUAUAUGUAAGUGCAUAUAUACAAGGAGUGACUAUAAAGUGAUGUGACUAAAAAUUCUAUUUUUAGCAAAUACACUAGACCUUAUACAUUCAAAUGAGUGAUGGAUCUUUCAAAGUCAUCAGCUUGGGGCACCAUACAUUUCUUCCUUAAUACCACCAUUACUCAAAACAUGUCUGGAGCACAUCUUGCCUGCAAUGUGCUUUUGAAUGUCCUCACUUCUAGCAAAUCUUGCCUUUUUAAAGGUGAAUUUGAAUUGAUUUUUGGUGCCAAAUAGCUUGAAUAAAGUGAAUAAUCCAGUUGGGUAAGACCAAUUUUUGUGAAAAAUCAAAGCCAACUCUUUUAUCUAGGAAUCACGGAAUUACUGAGUUGGAAGACUCUAGAGAUCAUCUAGUCUGACCUUUAUUUAAACAAAAAUGAUCUCUAGAAACCUGGUGAAAUGGUCAUCCACUUCUCACUCAAAGGCUUCCAGUGAUGGGGAUCUUUUUACUACCCACCAAAGCUAAUACCACUUUUUGAUAGCUUGGUGUGUGCCCUAGACAGUUCUUAGGAUCAGUUGUGAUCUCUGUCAAUGUGAUGAAUCCCCACACUAGGAAUUGUGCCUGCUGAUGAAAUGCUCUUCAUUUUCAUAAAAAUGCUAAAAAAAGUCUUAUGUCUGCCUUGGGAAACUCUUAUCCACCCUUUCAAAGAAACCAAAUGAAAUGUGGCCCCAAAAUUAGUUCUGAUAGCAGUGCUCAAAAAGGAGUUCUAAAAGUUUUGAGUAAUAGUACAUCAUCCAAGUUGGACAGAGGGAUAGCAUUCAUUUGGAUGUAUAUGUUCUAGUAUAUUUGUUUGUUUUUUAAUAAAAGGUUCCAUCUUUUUCCUAAUGCCAUGCAUGUGUUUAUAUGUAUAUGCACAUUCUGCGAGUAUAUGUGUAUGUUCAUUAGUACGUACAUACAGUAGGUAUUGAGCAAAACUGUUCUACGAAAAUGCAUGUUGUUUUAUAAUACCAUUGAAGUAUGCUUUUGCUGUGGGAUUUUGCUACUUCGUAGAAUAAAAAAUACUCUUACAUAUAAAUGAAUAUAUUUGCAGCAUUUUCUUCUACUAUCAGUGCAGCAAGUUUUGCUCUCCAGCAGUGUGUUUACAAAUGGUUUUGUCCUGAAAUGUGUCCACCUCGUAAACAACUAUUUAUUACAGAAUGGAAUGUAGGCAAAUGUAAACCCCACCUACUAUUUGCAGAUUUAGAGAAAUACUCUUGGAAGUUCUCAGCAUUUUCAAUUGAAUUGAGGUGCUUUUCCCUUUCAGAAAGAGCAGUGGUUCAUUCCCCAUAGUUGGAUGAGAGAGCAGAUCUAGAGAAAGUAUUGUUUGUUGGAUGCUUCUCCCCACCUCCAGCAAGGGUUCUGCACAGCACCGCUAUUGUUAUUCCUGCCUGCUCCGUGUGUAUGUGUCUUGGUGCUUUGUGAAUUUGUGCUGUAUUCAUUCCAGGUGACAUCAAUAACUGGUUGUAAAAUAUUGGCAUCUGAUUAUUGCUGGUCUGUAUAGAAUGGGGUGUACAGUGUUGUACAGCCAGAUGGGGAUGUGUACAUAGGGGGAAGUCCAAGAGCGUGAUGUGUCCCCCGCAGCAAAUAUUGAUAUUGUUGGUCAGCCAAAGAUUUUCCUAUUCUUUGCUGCUUAAACUUGUGCCUUAAUAUUGUAUAUAAUAAAUGGAUUAAAUGUC